UUGUGUGAGGCAGGAGAGUGGCUGGUUAGUGAGGAGGAGGAAGCUAUUACGUUUAUCCCACUUGGCCUAACAGAGCAAUCUCUCUAUGCAUAUCUUGUAAUUAAAGGAACGCCAAAAUCCGGCAGCUUAGUUGAAGGCCAAAACAGGUUCCGGGGGAAACACCUUGAAACAGAUCACCUGACCGAAAAUGGAAAAGGAGCCGAGUCACAUGACUGAGCGGAUAUUAAACCUCACCCUGGAGAUCGUUUACCUACUGACCAGAGAGAAUUAUAUAGCCUUUAGGAUAUCCGAUGGCUUGGUUGCGUCUGAAGAAAUUAACACACAAAGCCCUGUGAUAAAGCCUCCAUCUCAUUCCCCAAGCAAAAAGAAGGUCCAGGAAGUCACCAGCGAGAUCUCUGAGCUACUAAACGGAGAGAAUUAUAUGACUUUCAAGUUAUCCAAAGGCUUGGUUGCCUCCAACUUGAAGAUCCAAACCCCCAUUAUAGAGCCUCCAUCUCAUUCCCUGAGAAAGAACAGGAAUGUACAAGAUGUCAUCAAGGAGAUCGUUGAUCUACUGACAGGAGAGGAGGGGAAAUGUUUAGAAGGCCACAAGGAUCUGUACCAAGAGGUCAUGAUGGAGAACCAUCCGCCGCUCACGUUACCAGAUAGAUCCAGUAGCGGAAACCCACCAGAGAGAUGUCCCAGCCCUCUGUGUUCCCAGGAUUCAGAACCGCUUGGGAUCCAAAAGGAUGACCAGGUUUUGCUGGAUUCAAAUCAGAUUGACUGUGCAAUGGAAUCCAAGAAAACAGUAGAAGAGCCCUCUGUGAUAGAUGAUCUGUGUAAGGAGGAGAAAACCCCCCCAGAGAUCAGCACAGACACCAGAAACGCCAGAGCCACUCAGAGGGAUGUCAAAGCUGAGGGGGAAGAAAUACACGUUGUAAUUAAAGAAGAGGAAAUUCCUGUAGAGAUCGGCACAGACUCCGAAGACAACAGAGCCACUCAGAGAGACGUCAAAUCUGAGGAGGAGGAGGAGGAAGAGGAGGAGGAAGAAGAAGAGGAGGAGGAGGAAGAAGAGGAAGAAGAAGAAGAAGAAGAAGGAUGUGCAAGGUUUAAAGAGGAGGAAUUUACUAUAGAGAUCAACACGGAUGGAAAACGCGACAGAAAUAAUCUGGACAAGCACCACAUUCCAUUUGAAAACCCCACUACCCAAACUCUUCUCCUAGUACUUCCCAGUGGAGACCUGUCUGAUCCCUCUACACAUGGGGGUAAUUUUCCCAACGAUUCAACUCCCGUCGUCCAUCACCCAUCAGCCAGAGGAGGUGAAACCUUCCGUUGUUCCGAGUGCGGGUUAUGCUUCUCCAAGAGGGAACUUCUUGCUUCUCACAAGAGCUCUCACACAAAGCCCUUAUCGCCUGAGAGCGGCGAAGACCAUCCUCGAAAAUUAUACGUGAUUGAGCACGAGCUGAUUCCUAUGAAGCCCUAUUCAUGCUCAGAGUGCGGGAAAUGUUUUACCCAGAAAGGACACGUCGUUUUGCAUCAGAGAACUCACACUGGCGAAAAGCCCUAUUCGUGUUCUGAAUGCGGAAAGGGUUUCCCAGCGAAAUCGGCUCUGUCUAAACACAAGAGAAUGCACACCGGAGAGAAGCCGUUUGCGUGUUCCGAAUGUGGGAAAUCUUUUUCUUUCAAUUCCGCCUUGACGAAACACAAGAAAACUCACACGGGGGAGAAGCCCUAUUCCUGCUCGGACUGCGGCAGAUGUUUUUCUCAGAGAGACCACCUAAUCGCCCAUCAGAAGACUCACACGGGGGAAAAGCCGUUUUCCUGCUCCGAGUGCGGGAAAAGCUUUGCCAAAAAAGGCAAUCUUGAAACGCAUCAAACGAUUCACACCGGCGACCGUCCUUAUUCCUGCUCUGUGUGUGGGAAAGGUUUCCGCAGUAAAUCAAAUUUGCUCAGACAUAAGAAGGUCCAUAGAGGCCUUAAACCCCAUGUGUGUUCUGAAUGUGGGAAGCCGUUUAAAACAGAAUUUGCCCUUAGCUUACAUCUUCGAUCCCAUGAGGCUUCGGGGAUUACACUGAUAGGAUGUAGCCAAUGAGCACGAUUGCCAUCAAGUAGACAUCUUUUUUUUUUUUUUUGGCCGAUUGCUUGUGGAUUUCUUCCUAUUUAAAGCUAGCUUUAGUCCAGCUCCAUACUUUUUUUUUAGGUAGAUUCAGUAAGAGUUAGGCCAACUUAUCAGUAGAUAAGCCGACCUAACUCAGAAU